UAAUUGAUGAACCAGACGUACCGAUUAGGUGAGGAAAUUCCGUUCUCGUCUACUGAUAUGCUGAGGUGCUGGGGUGGACGUAUAAAGAACCAUACGAGCUGUUUACUGUAACUCUAGCUAAGCUGCUGCGGACAGGCCGACUCCCAGGAUGAUCACCAUGCAAUUAAUGACUAGGACAAUUGAGGUGAUAUGUAUUAUCGGGUGUUUACAAUGCGUAAUUCCGUUGGUGAGGGCUUUACCACCCGAAGGGGUGAACCCCCUGGACACAGAAAUACCCUCUAUACCUGGUUCCUUGCUUGGUGAUGACUUGCCAGAUUUACCCCCUGCAACAGCCGAUGUAACCAAUAAUGCUAUCGAAGCCGAUUCACAAGGCGUUGUCUUCAAGGAUAGUUUUGCCAACCCACAGGCGCCCAGUGAAGUUGGGAAAUCUGGAACAGUUGGCGGGGUACGUUCAUUUAACACCAACACUCAGGUCGCAAGUGGCUCUAAUAGUGAGCCUACAGUGUCUACACAGGUAGAUGGUGGUGCUAGUUUAUUUGCUAGCUCUAUUGUUAACAAUAACCUAAAUCCAUCAACAUCAACGUCAACGUCAACUGACCAAAUAGGCACCAAUGGUUUCUUCGCAACUGUGGCAAGACAACCUCCAUUACCUCCACGAAUGAGUAGAGUCAUGUUUUCUCCGGCUAGAGCUGGAAACACAAUGCGACUAUCUAGCAGUAAACCGCGUCUCACUAAUAAACCUUUCAUGUCAACACUGGCAAAUCAACCAAAACGCACUUUCAAUGCCAUUCAAAGGUCAUCAGGAAUGGUACCUGCCUCCGCCCAAUCUUUGACAUUUCCACCAAUGAAUUUUGAACGACCACCGUCUAUGUCAUAUUUACCGACGUCAAAUUUUGCUGCUCGAUUAAGAACGGAAAGACGACCGACGUUUUUCUUCCGGUCUCCUGAAAUGUUUCAAACAUCAUUUUAUCCUCCGUCUGAUCAAACAUUCCUCACAGCUCCUUUUGUUGGUUCGGGUUCUGAUUUUUCCUCGGCCUCAUUUCCUUCAACAUCUGUAAACGUGCAAACAGUUCCACCUUUUCCUCUUGCGAUGCCGUUUCAAAACCCACUGGAUAUUUCGUCGGCCCAGACAUUUACCUCCACCGAACCACCUCGUGUAAUUUUUGAUUCUGUGCCUCAAACCUUUGCAGUACCACAAGUAUCACGCUUUUCACAAAAUUCCGGAUCCCUUUCCCCCCAUUUUUCAACAUUUGCAGGUCCUUCCGUCCAAUCGAGUACAUUUUUCAAUGAACCCAAAACAUCUGUCACUGUUCUUCCGCAAAUUAUAAUUAAUGAUACUCCAUCACUUAAUCCCCGGCCACCUCCACGUGCACAAAUUCGACAAUCUUCGAUGAUGACGGGCCGAACUCCAAUCACCGUCACUCCGUUGACACCAUUGAGUUUUGACGCACCGGCAAUGCCUGGUCGUACGUCGAUACCCGUUUCGUUCCAAACUACACCAGCUUUUCGGGCUCCAAAUUUUGCACCAUUUACAUUGCCAAUGCGUUCAGAGGGAACACGUAUGUUUGGAUUCAGCAGGGUGCCAUCUAUUCGCAAUCAAGCAGGAGGAGGAAAUAUUGGAACUCCUAUGGUAAGGACAGGAGCAGGAGCAGCGGAAGCUGGAGCAGCAGCAGCUGUAAGGGCACAGGGAGUAACGAAUACCGGCGGCGUGUUCUCAGCAGGUAUACCAUUAAUGGCUCCCCUACCCGUGCCAAUGUGGUCGCAAUUCAAUGACGUUGGGAGACCAAUCCUGUCAAAUAUCCAGGCGUUUUAAAGUGAUGCUAUCCACAAUGAAAUGAACGAGAGCCACGGAUCCACGUGUUUUAUCCAUUGUUUCUUAUAUUUGUUAUGAAAUGUAUUUUUGUAUUCCAAAUUACAAUGAUAUUAAUAUACAAUAUAAAGCGUUAUAUU